AUGAAGGGGGUCAGAGCAGCGAUUGGAGCUGAGAACUGGAAGCGCCUUAAAGAGACUGGGGCUACGGCGGGAGGAUUCCCGGGGGCGUCGCCUGCUUCCGCCGCCGCCUCCUUCAGUGAAAGUCCCUUCUGGGUCCAGCUGCCACAGCCACCGCGCUCCCUCAGGCCGGGCGGGGGACACCCCAGGUCUGCGUGGCCCCCGCGGCGCCACGCCCAGUGGCCGCCCGAGCCCUGCGAGCAGGGGGAGGAGCCGCCGCCAGUGGAGGCGGAGGAGGUAGAGGAGGCGGAGACGGCGGAGACGGCGGAGAAGGGGGAGAGGAAGGUGGAGGCGAAGGUGGAAGGGAAGGUGGAGGCGGCGGGGAAGGUGGACGCCGCCGAGAAGGUGGAGGCGGCGGGGAAGGUGGACGCCACCGGGAAGGUGGAGACGGCGGAGGGUCCGGGCCGCCGUGUUGAGCUCAAGCUGGAGCCCGAACCCGAGCCGGUACGGGAGGCGGAGCAGGAGCUGCAGGGGGAGCCGAAGCAGGAGCUGGAGGAUGAGAACCCAGCGCGGAGCGGCGGUGGCGGCAGCAGCGACGAGGUUCCAACCCCCACCCUCCCCUCCGACCCCCCGCGGCCCCCCGAUCCCUCUCCGCGGCGCAGUCGUGCCCCCCGCCGCCGACCUCGGCCGCGACCGCAGACACGGCUCCGUACCCCGCCACAGCCUAGGCCACGGCCCCCGCCCCGGCCCCGGCCCCGGCGCGGCCCUGGGGGCGGAUGCCUGGAUGUGGAUUUCACUGUGGGUCCACCAGGCUGUUCCCACGUGAACAGCUUUAAGGUGGGAGAGAACUGGAGGCAGGAACUGCGGGUGAUCUACCAGUGCUUCGUGUGGUGUGGAACCCCAGAGACCAGGAAAAGCAAGGCAAAGUCGUGCAUCUGCCAUGUGUGCGGCACCCAUUUGAACAGACUCCACUCUUGCCUUUCCUGUGUCUUCUUUGGCUGCUUCACAGAGAAACACAUUCAUGAACACGCUGAGACAAAACAACACAACUUAGCCGUAGACCUUUAUUAUGGAGGUAUAUACUGCUUUAUGUGUAAGGAUUAUGUAUAUGACAAAGAUAUUGAACAAAUUGCCAAAGAAGAGCAAGGAGAAGCUUUGAAAUUACAAGCCUCCACCUCAACCGAGGUUUCUCACCAGCAGUGUUCAAUGUCAGGCCUUGGUGAGAAAUAUCCAACCUGGGAGACAACCAAACCCGAGUUAGAACUGCUGGGACACAACCCAAGAAGAAGAAGAAUCACCUCCAGCUUUACCAUCGGUUUAAGAGGACUAAUCAAUCUUGGCAACACGUGCUUUAUGAACUGCAUCGUCCAGGCCCUUACCCACACUCCGAUACUGAGAGAUUUCUUUCUCUCUGACAGGCACAGAUGUGAAAUGCCAAGUCCCGAGUUGUGUCUGGUCUGUGAGAUGGCUUCACUUUUUCGGGAGUUGUAUUCUGGAAACCCAUCUCCUCACGUUCCCUAUAAAUUACUGCACCUAGUAUGGAUCCAUGCACGUCAUUUAGCAGGGUACAGGCAACAGGAUGCCCAUGAGUUCCUCAUUGCAGCGUUAGAUGUCCUGCACAGGCACUGCAAAGGUGAUGAUGCUGGGAAGGCGGCCAACAAUCCCAACCACUGUAAUUGCAUCAUAGACCAAAUCUUCACAGGUGGCCUGCAGUCUGAUGUCACCUGUCAAGCCUGCCAUGGUGUCUCCACCACGAUAGACCCAUGCUGGGACAUCAGUUUGGACUUGCCUGGCUCUUGCACCUCCUUCUGGCCCAUGAGCCCAGGGAGGGAGAGCAGUGUGAAUGGGGAAAGCCACAUACCAGGAAUCACCACCCUCACGGACUGCUUGCGAAGGUUUACGAGGCCAGAGCACUUAGGAAGCAGUGCCAAAAUCAAAUGCGGUAGUUGCCAGAGCUACCAGGAAUCCACCAAACAGCUCACAAUGAAUAAAUUACCUGUUGUUGCGUGUUUUCAUUUCAAACGGUUUGAACACUCCGCCAAACAGAGGCGCAAGAUCACUACAUACAUAUCCUUUCCUCUGGAGCUGGAUAUGACACCAUUUAUGGCCUCAAGUAAAGAGAGCAGGAUGAAUGGACAGUUGCAGCUGCCAACCAAUAGUGGAAACGACGAGAAUAAGUAUUCCUUGUUUGCUGUGGUUAAUCACCAAGGAACCUUGGAGAGUGGCCACUAUACCAGCUUCAUCCGGCACCACAAGGACCAGUGGUUCAAGUGUGAUGAUGCUGUCAUCACCAAGGCCAGUAUUAAGGACGUUCUGGACAGUGAAGGGUAUUUACUGUUCUAUCACAAACAAGUCCUGGAACAUGAGUCAGAAAAAGUGAAAGAAAUGAAUACGCAAGCCUAUUGAAGUGACACACAGACCUACCUGUAAUGGAAGAUGAUGACACCCAUACUACAACUGGCAUCGAGAUUUUAAAGGACCUACUUGCAUGGCCCAUGGGCCUGACAGAAAUGGGGAAGAUCAAGAGAUGAAUGGCCUCAGAUGCCACUUGGCAGCUUCAUGCAGGGUGUCUGACUACCUUUUGGGAUGUGUCUGGUAGCCCUGCCUGGGAAGAAAGCCAUGUCCUCAUCCCUCCUCUCUGCCACAGAAGAGUUCAGUCAGGCAUGUGCCACCAGGUUCUGACUGCCUGUACAGAAACUCUUUUACAUUUUAAAAACAUUUUUAUUUGGAAAUAACUUUAAACUUACAGGAAAGUUGCAAAAAUAAAAAUAGUAUAAAGAACAUCUGUAUACCCUUUACCAGAUUCACUUAUUGCUAACAUUUUACCCCAUU